AAGUCCCUCUUCCUCUCUCUCUCUCUCUCUCUCUCUCUCUCUUUCUCUCUCUUAUUAUAUUGUGUUAGAUGAAAGAUUAGGUUGUUUAGUUUUGGUCCCCACUGGCCUCUCACAGCUGCUUCCAGUCCCCAAAAGUCCAGUCUUUGGCAAAGACCCAUGAUUUUUCUUUGGGUUUUGUGUAUAAUUUGACCACCAAAAUCUUGGGGUUUCUUCAUUUUCUCUACUUUUUGAUCAUCUCUCUUCCAAAUUUCCAAUAUUUUCUUCAAAGCUAGAAACUUUGAGUGGAAAGGAUUGAGAGAUGUUGGAUUACUAUGAGCAGCUUGCUUCCAGGCCUUUUUACCAUGAUUCUCUCAAGGUUGUUGAGUCAGAUAUUCAGCAUGCCAACAUGCUGGCAGCUUCUAUCCCCCGAAGCAAGGGUGGUACGGUUCUUCAAAUGAAAUUGGUUUACAAUGACUUGGCACACAUUAUCCUGUUUUUGCUUCAAUGGAUUGAUUGCUCCUCUUCGUGUUUACUUUCAAGUUACUUAAAUCUUUUCCACGUAAUUGUUUAUAAGGUACACUCGGAUGGGAGAUCAAAUAUCUCUUCAUGUGGAAGGAAAGCGACCAUCAGCGAAUUCUACAAUGUUAUAUUACCGUCCCUUCAGCGUCUCCAUGGUGAUUCAUUGGAGAUGGAUCUCACCCAAGAGGAAUCUCUAGAGAUGGCUGCUAGAAAAAGAUACAAUGAUAAGAUAAAGCUUUUGGAUGUGGACUUGGAGAGAGAAGAUGAAUGUGGGAUCUGCUUGGUACCUUGCACCAAAAUGGUUUUGCCGAACUGCUGCCAUGCCAUGUGCAUUAAUUGCUACCGUGAAUGGAACACAAGAUCAGAAUCUUGCCCAUUUUGCCGGGGAAGUAUAAAAAGAGUAAACUCAGGGGACCUGUGGGUUCUGACCUGCGGUAGCGAUGUGGUUGACACUCAAACCGUGUUGAAGGAAGAUAUGUUGCGGUUCUACCUUUUUAUCAAUAGAUUACCCAAAGAUCUCCCGGACGCUCUGUUCUUAAUGUACUACGAGUACUUAAUUUGAUCAAACGUGCUAUAAAAAUGGUGUAUAGAGGCAAUUGCCAACCAUCACAUGUACAGAGGCGAGGUUUUCACGUCGAAAUUUCUUUUCCACUUCCGGCUGUGCAAAUAAUGUACGUGCUUUGUGUAAGAGACAGAAAUAUAUAUAUCAGAAGAGUCACCUCUUUUCUCA